AUGGGCCUGCUGUUUUUGGGCAGCAAGCUCCAAAUUUGUUGUAGAGAAAGACCCAAUAUAUUCAAGCUCAUGCAUUCUGGCAGCUAUCUGAGCACUGUCCAAGCACUGUCUCGUCGUUUUGCACUGAAAUUUUGUACAGUGCUUUGCACUGCCGUCUGCACAAGGGAAUUUGGAAAUCAUGUUUACGGCAAUGCAAAGCACUUAUAUUAUCGUCUUUACACAAAGGACGGCACAAUCCACUCCUUCAACCCCAUCUACUCCAAUGAUCCGUCCAUUAGCCGCAUUUUGCCAAAGUCCAUCACGCCCCCUCAUACUGCCUUAUCGCUGAAAAAACAUCUCUGCAAGAUUGAAGGCAUGGCAGGAUCAAACGCCGUUUUAUUUGAAGCAAUGUCAAGUGAUGCUGCCAUUCCAGAUUCCACGUGGCUCAAGCUUUGCAGUCAUCUUGGGGUAGGCGUGUCAUUCUGCGAGCCCAUGGCUUUGGUAGUCGGGAUUGCUGAAGUUGAGAAACGAUCAAUCGGCCCUGAUCAGGCAGAGGAGGUACAAUCUCGGUUCUUAUAUUUUCUACUAUAUUACCGAUUAUAUGAUGAAGAGGGUGAAGUGAAAUCGAAAACAGCCUUUGACGGAAAUGAUGCCUCCUUGGGUCGCGUAGACACCUUAUCCAUCAUGCCACCUCACAACAUGGCCUCGUUGAAAUCCUGCAUCGUGAAAGCUGAACACAUCGUAGAUCGGGAGAUUCAAUUAUUCGAGGACACCAAUGGUGAAGCUGUCAUGAAGGACGCUGACUGGGCAUCCCUUCUUGCAGAGACCUUUCCAAGUUGCCUUCAAGGUGACCCUUUAUCCUUAGUCUAUGGGCCAAAAAAGCUGGGUCAAGGAUCAAUCAUGAGACUGAUUCGAACAAACACUUAUUGCAGCAAGUACAAUCUUCAAAGACUCGCCCACCGUAUUCUUAUGCUUGUCAUUCAAGGUCCUUAUGACCAGAGCAUUUCCACAUGGCAUGCGCAUGAUGAAGGAGAUAUUGUCUGCCACGACAACACUGCCAAAUCCGUGCAAAGGAUCGUGGGGGGAAUCUCGAAAACCAACCCCAUCCCUCUCCAAAUGCAGCUCGAGAUGCAUGAUGGGAAGACUCUCAAGAAAACUGCCCCCCGCCUCUGA